GAAAUGCGAAAAAAGUAAAAUGAGAUUGCACUCUCCUCAAAAUAUUCUCAGCAAGAAGUUAGAAUUGUUUCAAAAUUGAGUAAAUUCCAGUGCAUAGUCGUAAUUGAUAACAGACAAAUGACAUCAAACAUACCUGUUAAUACUCAGAACACCACUAACAUGCGUGUACCCCGAUAACUAUUUAUGCAACCGUUUUUACGGCAUUAUCCAGCUGCGUGUGUUGGACUUCGGGUCGAAAUUCCAAAGAUAACUGGCGGUCCCUCCAUUUUCGUGAUCCAGCAGAUGGCGUGUGAGAUGUAACCUCACUUGUCCGAGUUUUUGGUUGGAAAAAACCGUCAAAGGCCUCAGUGCCGAAGGUGGAAGUAGUUGAGUGAACAGUUCAAGUACAAUCAAGUACAAUUUACCAAUUUAACAAGUUUAAUAAAUCAUAUCAUCACUGAAACCCCCACCUGUGUUCUUACUCCUCUAUUUUAACACGGUUUCUCCGUUGCUCCAUCGAUCGACUGUUUACUUAUGAAUUGGAGCAGGAUAUCAACAAGAGUCAUUAGUGAUUCUGCAUUUUCCUUUUGGAGUACUCUAUAAAAUUAGUCUCUUCGCUUUAUUAUCUUACAUAACAGUGACUCCAGGUGUGCUAUUCGAACGAGUCUACUGAUUUACAAUAAAAUUUUGAAGAAGGCAUAUAAAUAAUUCACGAUUUAUCGAAUGUCAACGAUGGAGGGUUCAUUGAGUAAAUGGACAAAUGUUGUUAAUGGGUGGCAAUAUCGGUGGUUCGUGCUGGAUGAUAAUGCCGGAUUACUCUCUUAUUACACGAGUAAAGAAAAGAUGAUGAGAGGUGCUCGUCGUGGCUGUGUUAGACUUCGUGGUGCUGUAAUUGGUAUUGAUGAUGAGGAUGACAGUACAUUCACGAUAACAACGUCGUCCUCCAAGGAUGACCCAAAAACAUUUCACUUUCAAACGAGAAAUGGUGAAGAGCGUGAACGAUGGGUCCGCGCUCUGGAGGACACGAUUUUGCGACAUUCCCACGCUCGUUGGGAUCCAAAAAAAUCACCUCCCAAACAAGACUUCGAUCGCAAAGUCGCGGAAGCUGAUGCCUAUCUUCAGUUACUGAUCGAUCAAAUAAAGUUAAUCGAAGAUAAACAGAAGGAUUUCAAGGAUGACGAGGACGAUAAGAAACAAAAAUACGCAGCUAUACUGACUCAGGCCAAUGCAGUGCUAAAUUCAGUUAAACAUACGAUUGUACAGUUGCAAAUAGCAAAGAAUACUGCCAUACCCGUUAAUGGUAUUUACCGGGGGCCAACUGACACGUCACUCAGUACUGGUACUACAACACCAACGUUGACUCAUGCCAGAGGAGAGCCUGAAUCAACAGUACAAACGGGUAUAGAAUUAGGCUUGGAAUGUCUAGAGCCCCGUGUAUCAACGAGUCUCCCAAAGGACCUCCCUGUGCCUGAAUUUUCAUACUCCUCGUCCGACGAGGAUGAAGACUAUUACGACGCAGCUGACGACAUAUCAACCCCCACAACCACACAGAAUCAUUUCCCCGACCAUCGUGACAGUGAAAAGGACAAGCGCCUGCAGACAACUCAGGAGCCCGACACCAACGAAUAUCGGAGACAACAAUCGCAGUCACAGCCACCAGUUAAAACUGAUGGCUCUGUGGAUUACGAUGCACUUUACGAGGAGGAGAGUGAGCCAGAGGUGGACUCGAUGGAGAGCCAUGGCUCAGUGGUGACUCACCUGCUGUCUCAAGUGAAAAUUGGAAUGGAUUUAACUAAAGUAGCUCUGCCUACAUUUAUACUCGAGCGUAGAUCACUCCUCGAGAUGUAUGCAGAUUACUUUGCACAUCCCAAUCACUUCAUCAGUAUAGCAGACAUGCCAACACCCAAGGAGCGAAUGGUGCAGGUUGUGAGAUGGUAUCUCUGCAGUUUCCACGCUGGAAGAAAGUCGGGGGUAGCUAAGAAGCCUUACAAUCCAGUUCUCGGUGAGAUUUUUAGAUGUCACUGGGACUUGGCAGCUGAGAAUUCUAAACAAUCAACGAUUCCUCAGAGUGAAAAUACCACGAGAGAAGGGCCAGUCCCGUGGUGUUCCGAUAAUCAACUCUGUUUUAUCGCUGAACAGGUCUCACAUCAUCCACCAGUUAGUGCAUUUUAUGCUGAGCAUUAUGCCAAAAAAAUUAGUUUCAAUGCUCAUGUAUGGACAAAGAGUAAAUUUUUGGGUCUUAGCAUUGGGGUGCAUAAUAUUGGAAAGGGCUGGGUCAAUGUUUUAGAGUAUGGUGAAGAGUAUGUAUUGACAUUUCCAAAUGGUUAUGGUAGAUCAAUACUCACUGUACCAUGGAUUGAAUUGGGAGGGACAGCUACUAUUACUUGUGCUCAAACUGGAUAUCAAGCGACUGUUGAAUUUUUGACGAAGCCGUUUUAUGGGGGAAAGAAGAAUAGAAUUUCUUGUCAGGUGACACAUCCUGGGGAGAAAAAACCAUUCCUCUGUGUUAAUGGAGAGUGGAGUGGAUGUUUGGAAGCCAAAUGGAGCGAUGGGAGAACGGAGCUGUUUGCUGACGUGACGAAAAUUCCGGUUGAUAAAAAGCUGGUGAAACCAGUGAGUGAGCAGGAGGAAUAUGAGUCGAGGAAAGUGUGGAGGGAGGUGACUGUUGGGUUGAAGAUUAAUGAUAUGGAUAGAGCGACUGCUGCUAAGUGUCUUAUUGAACAGAAACAACGAGAUGAAGCGAGAAUACGAAAAGAAAAUAACAUUUCGUGGGAAACGAAAUUUUUCAAAGAAACUAAUGAUGGUGGCUGGGUAUACACAGCUCCCCUCGCAAACAGGUUGAGAUCAACAACAAAUUUGGUGCAGUGAUCACUUCAACGGUGCUUUUAAUUCGCCUAAUGCAUCUACCCACGAAUUAUGAUGAAUAAUUCGCGGCCUAAACGAGGAUAUACUGGAUAUUCCUCAAUUGGGAAGAGUAAUCGAGAGCGAUGGGGGGGAGGGGGAUGACAAAUGGUAUUAGAUCACUGAUAUUCAUUCGUAGUUUAAUACAAAUAACUUGAUGACUUGUGUCUUAGCAGAUAAGUCCUCAAUGUUUCAACGUCACUUACAAUAUUAACUAGUGACAAUGAAGUAUAAUGUUUACAGAGAAAGAAAUUAUAAACACUUCUUAUUUCAUCGAAUCUUCUAGGGAAUCUCGGGUACGUGAAUUUGUUGUAUAAUCUAGAAUUAAAAAUAGUGAAAAUAGAGAAGAUGAGACCGAUGAUGAGAGAGGGAAAAACGAGUUAAAAGUUUUAGAAAAUAUAUUUUUUCUGUAAUUGUAUAAAUAGAGAAUAGAAAAAUAUGAGAAACAUAAUUCGCACAAGCUACGAUUAUUUUUUCAAUUAUAGUAUGUAACCAACGUGAUAGUCUGGUUCUAUCUUACGAUAGAUCGAUGGAAUUCUCUGAGACGAUAGUACUAAAUUAUCAAUACCUGCAAUCAUACUUUUAACACUUAUCCUACAAAUUCUCACAUCUGAGUUUUUAUUUUUCACAGAACACUGUGAUUUUUCGUACCUAUACAAAACCUUUGUAACUAACUUUUUAUCUAAUGUAAUUUUAUUCGAUUUGGAGGUGAGUGACUCUGUAAGAAGGGAAAGAUUUUUCUCCAUUGGUUUGAUAAUCAAUAAAUAUCUGCGAUUCUGUUCGGCAGCUAGAAAAUUAAUCUCGCUAUUAAAUAUAUCGUCGUUAAUGCAGUGUAGAAAAGCUGCUUUAAAGUCAAUCCAAGGACUAGUUUGAUUACAAUAGACAGAUGGUGAGGAUUUGAGUGUAAAUUGUAAGGAACAAUUCCAGAAUUUAACAGCAUUCCCAAAAUUCUCCAAAUUACAGUUACCCAGUACUGUUAAACACCUAUUGCACACAACAUCUUCCCCAAAAACUUUGUACUUAUCCAAAAAUAUAUUUCUAUUCAAAAUGCAGUAAUGAGAGCCAUAGAAAAAAUCUUUGUCACGUGGUUGCAAUAGUGUCUUCAUAUUCAAAUCAUCCCCAGUGUGUGAACAACAAAACCACUGAGAGGGAUCACAAUCGUCACUCGGUAAUGGAAGCACUCUCUCAAAAAUAAUAUCAGAUUUUGUCAGAAUAUUUUUACAACAAUUACAUACUAAUGACAGUUGAGUAUUCUUUGGAGGUAAUUGAAUCUCUGGUAUCUCUGUAACUAUUGAAUUAUCUCUCUCUAACUUGUGAGAAUCAAUGACUUCUGUUGAAAAUGUGCCAACUGUUGAAUCAACUGGACUAGAUUGUAACCUGAAUGAUAUCCACUUAUCUGUUACAUUCAACGAUGACAAUGAUUCUGGUAUAACGAUUAAUGAUUGAAGAUCAAUGUCAAAUAAAUUGUUGAAAAUUUGGAGGCCAA